AUGUUUCUUGGAGGAUUGGGAUUCGCAUUGACAAAACUGAAACACAUCAAGGAGAUCUGUUUGGUGUAUCCAAGUGUGGGCCACACUCAUAUGAGUGUGGACGCACAUUUUGGAACAAUAUCAAAAUCAACUAGUGGAGCAGAUAUUAAAGAUCCAAUCGAAUUUGGUAAAUUCCUUCUCGAAAAAAUUGAUUCUGUUGGAGAAGUCGUGCCCGAUUCUACAAUUUUUGAUUUCACUGAAAUCACUAAAUUGAUGCACAAACCUCCAAAUCUUUGCUCGAACGGAUUCAUAACUAUAGGUCGAACAUCAACAGGAAAAAUUACUUGUGCAUCAUCGUUGACCAUGAACGCUGGCGAGUUGAUUGGAGCCGAAAGGAAGAGUGUCUCUUUCGAUUUAUUCAAGGAUGAGUUUUAUGCUUCCGACUUCAAUCCUCUGAUCACAAAACCGGACUAUUCAGAAAUAGAAGGAAAAAUUAAGAAAUUGGUAAAGCUCUCAGGUGGAAUCAUGACUGCACAGAAUGAAAGAAACUUCCGAUUUUUUUUUGAUCAAUAUGGACACCAAUCAUUCCGAGAACUAAUUUGUCGGAUUAACAGCGUUUCUCCUAAAGUUCCAUCCUUGAGCAUGUCAGACGGAGGAGAGAUGCAUAUGUCUAUUAUUGAAUUUCUCAAGAAAAGCGGCAUAUCUCCGGGUCACAUUCCGAAGAAACCAGUUCAUAAAGAGUAG